AUGCGCCAAGGAAUCGCCCCAAAGCCUCGGCAUGAGAGGUACAGAGGCAGCAGCACCAUCAAAUUCAAUGAUGGGGACCCAGACUCAUUCAGGCCCUGGAAGACAACAAACCAGGUGUUUGCAGCGGCAUGCGCCCAGGAGCAACUCUGCAAUAACCAUUCUGUCGACGCCAUCAUGGCGCGCACAAAGCAGACUGCUCGCAAGACAAUGAGCAGCAGAACGCCGGCCAAGGCACCAAAGAAGGUGAAGAAGAGUGCACGCAAGUCGGUGCCCUCACGCCGAGAGCCGGCCCCUGACCGCAGGACGCAGAUCUACGCGCGAUGCGGAAGGGAAAUACGUAAGUACCAGAAGACCACGGAGCUUCUGCUGCGCAAGGCGCCGUUUCAGCGCCUGGUGCGAGAGCUCACGCACUCCAUGAUGCCGGAUGCGCGCUGGCAGCUGAGCGCGCUUCUGGCGCUCCAGGAGGCGACAGAGUCCUACCUGGUCUCAAAGUUUGAGGACGCCCAGACCGCCGCCAUCCACGGCAAGCGCGUCACCAUCAUGCCCAAGGACAUGCAGCUAGCGCUGCGCCUGGCAGCCAGUGGCAAGCCGGGCAUGUGA